GAGAAAGAACAGAGACAGACACACACACAGAAGGACACACUGAGGACUGCUGGGUCUGGUUCUGAGGUUCUGCUCGGAGGUCUGGAUCAUGAAGGAACCAACAUUAAAAUCAGCUGCUGUUCUGCUGCUGUUCCUCCUGCACGGCUGUCUGGCAAACGCUGUUUUUCUCAGCAGCCAGGUCGCGUCGCAGGUUUUGGUCCGAAACAGACGAGCCUAUCAACUGCUUGAGGAGAUGAAACCAGGGAACCUGGAGCGAGAGUGCAUCGAGGAAAUCUGCGACCACGAAGAAGCCCGGGAGGUGUUCGAGCAGCCAGUUAAAACAGAGAAAUUCUGGGCCAAUUACCUGGACUGUAAAGGAACUCAGAUGACAAGAACGGCAAAGAAUAUUGAGCUUGUCAGACAAUGUGUAAACGGUCAGUGUAUUUAUCUUCAGGGAGUGAACUACGCAGGAGACAUCAGCAUCACACAAUCCGGCAGAAUGUGUCAGCACUGGAAGCACAGCUUUCCACAUCCCAUCUUUAGAGAGUACAAUGCUUUGGAGCCAGACAGCAUCUUGAAGGAGAAUUUCUGCAGAAACCCCAACAACAACUCAUCAGGACCCUGGUGUUUCACCAAAGACCCAUCUGUCCAGAAAGAGCCCUGCAGAGUUCCAAAAUGUGGUGAGGUCUUUGUUCCACCCACUGUGGCCACAAAACCAGACAGACCUGUAGAGUGCAUAGCAAAUUAUGGUAUAGAUUAUGUUGGGGACCUAAGCGUUACCCUGGGAGGCCACACCUGUCUGCUGUGGUCAUUACCAGAGGUAAGAGCCCUCAGCCAGGACAAGGAGUUCAACCCUGAUGUUCAGCUGCAGAGCAACAAGUGCCGAAAUCCUGACGGUGACUAUGAGGGCCCCUGGUGCUACGUCAGGGUUGAUGGAAAUAUAACAGUUGACUACUGUCCACUGCAACUGUGUGACGAUCCACUGUUUGGGCCUGAGCAAACAACUGUGACCGAAGGCAGGGAGCGCUCUGUCUUAGGUCAGCCCAGAAAAAACCUUUUCACUCCUCGCACCUUUGGACAAGGAGAGGAUGAUUGUGGACAGCGCCCCCUGUUUGAAAAGAAGAACAAACAGGAUGCAAAGGAGGGAGAGCUUUUGGAGUCCUACAGAGGGAGUCGUGUCGUUGGGGGUAUCGAUGCUGAAGUGGCCUCGGCUCCAUGGCAGGUGAUGCUGUACAAGCGUAGCCCACAGGAGUUACUGUGUGGAGCCAGUCUGAUCAGUGAUCAGUGGAUCCUCACCGCAGCUCACUGUAUCCUGUACCCACCCUGGAACAAAAACUUCACCAUCGAUGAUAUACUGGUCCGCCUGGGAAAAUACAACAGAGCCAAGUUUGAACGCGGCAUUGAGAAGAUCGUGGCACUUGAUGAAAUCAUCGUCCACCCUAAGUACGACUGGAAGACAAACCUGAACCGUGACAUCGCCCUGCUGCACAUGAGAAAGCCAGUCAUAUUCACCGAUGAGAUCCACCCCGUCUGCCUGCCCAGCAAGACGGUCGCCGCAUUUCUGAUGUCCGAAGGCUUUAAGGGCCGAGUUACCGGGUGGGGGAACCUGAAGGAAAGCUGGAACCCCUCAGUGAGAAAUUUGCCAGCAGUCCUCCAGCAAAUCCACCUACCAAUAGUGGACCAGAACAUCUGCCGCAGUUCCACUUCAGUCAAGAUCACAGACAACAUGUUCUGUGCUGGUUAUAACCCAGAAGAUACUCAACGUGGAGACGCCUGUGAGGGAGACAGUGGUGGACCGUUUGUGAUGAAGUACCCGGCAGAGAACCGCUGGUAUCAGAUCGGCAUCGUGUCGUGGGGCGAGGGCUGCGACCGUGACGGAAAGUACGGCUUCUACACUCACCUAUUCAGGAUGACCAGGUGGAUGAGGAAAGUUAUCGACAAGGCGGGAGGAAGUAAUGACGAGUAGACACGAGCACACAGACAUCCAUCACUUCCUGUUCUCCCCUGUCAAGCAACAUGAUGCUAAUAAAGAUUGUCAACGCAUCAUA